AUGGAGAAGUACAAAAGAGAUGGUGUAAUAGGAAAGGAGCGCAAUUCGCUGAGACAGAUUCACAAAUAUCGCCGUCAAGGUUCUUCUGGUGGAUCAGUAGUUGUGAAAAGGUUUAUGCUGCAACCAAAGUUGGAUGCUUUAUCAACAAGGGAUGAGGAGGCAUCAGCAGAUCCUGAAGAAACUGGGGUGCCGAUCAAGACACUAAGACAAAUUUCCCUUCUUAAAGUGAUGCAACAUGAAAACAUUGUCAGGUUGGUUGAGAUGAAUUAUGAAGAUGGAGAUAGUCUCGUGCGUCUUGUUUUCGAGUAUGCUGACAUGGAUCUGCGAAAUUUUCUUGAAGAGUAUGCAGCAAAAGCCAGCGAUCAAAAGUUAGUAAAGAAGCUUCUGUGUCAACUUCUUCGAGGCGUUGCUCAUUUCCAUUCCAUCGGUGCUGCCCAUGGAGCAUUGAACCCGAAGAAUGUGCUGAUCGACAUUGGGAAUGAAAAUUUGAAGAUUCUUAACAUUGCAAUGGACGCAGAUGCAUUAUACACAGCACCUGAACUUCUGCUGGGGUCCACUGAAUCAUCUCCCGCCGCCGAUAUGUUCGCUGUUGGAUGCAUAUUUGCUGAAAUGGUCAACCGAAGGCCUUUGUUUCAAGGAAAGGCUGCCAACAUAAACAAUAUUUUCAAUCUUUUGGGCACACCGACCGAAGAAAAUUGGCCUGGGAAGCUAUCAGAAGUAUUCCCCAAUCUCGAACCACAUGGACUUGACCUCAUUUCUAAACUGCUCUGCUUGGAUCCAAGUAAAAGGAUUAAGGCUUGUGCUGCGCUUAAGCAUGACUACUUCAAAGAUUUGAUUCUUCUUCGUUGA